UCAAAACACAGCUGUUAAAUUGACACGAUUCUAAUAUUUGACGUUCAUAACAAUUUGGAAAAGAAAAUUAAUUACUCAUAAAUGUUUUAAACUUAUUUCUUUCAGACACAUGUCGACAUGCUUUGAGCUAAGAGACAUUUAAAGGAAAUAAACAAUUCUUUCUAGUUAUCAUGCUAUUUAGAUGAGAAUCCGGUGAUAUAACGUUCAAAUAGCUAAUAGUUCUUUCAUCAAAAAUCAAAAUGGAUUUGGCAAAAUCGUUAUUUGAAGCUAGAAAUCAUGAUGGAUAUGUUGGAAAGGCAGAUCACAAUAAACGCGAAUUAGAAAUGGCUAUUGAACCUGACAUUGAUGACUCUCUUGUGGAUAAUUUAGGAGGUUUAAAUGUCGAGGAUCUACAGACACCAAGCCCAGGGGGACCCUUUUCUGCCUUAACGCCUAGCAUGUGGCCCCAGGAAAUUAUGGCCAAGCAGUCGAGAGAACAAGAAGACCCCAACUCUCAGCCUGAAUAUAGAUUUGAUGAGUUUGGUUUUAGAGUUGAAGAAGAAGACGGCCCAGAACAAAAUUCAAACAAAUUAUUAGGAAUUCCUUUAGUUGAGGAUCCCCAACAUAGAUUACAGUGGGUAGCUCAUUUAGAAUUUUCUCACAGCAAGGAAGUUUCAGAUUUAACAUGGGAUAAAGUGGAAGUUCAAAUACCAAGAACUGACAAACUUCUUCAAAUGGUGAGGUCUGGUAUACCACAUUCGUUAAGACCACAAAUGUGGAUGCGUAUGUGUGGAGCUCUUGAAAAAAAGCAACAUUCAGAACUAUGUUACAAAGAAAUAAUUAAAAUGUCCAGCAAUGAUUCUUUGAUGACUUCAAAGCAAAUAGAGAAAGAUUUAUUGCAUUUAAUGCCUACAAAUGCUUGUUAUAGUCAUGCCAAUAGCACAGGAAUUCCUAGAUUAAGGAGAAUCUUAAGGGGAAUGGCCUGGUUAUUUCCAGAUAUCGGUUACUGUCAAGGGUUAGGAAUUAUAACAGCUUCUUUGUUAUUAUUUAUGGAAGAAGAAAAUGUAUUUUGGAUUAUGGUUACUAUAGUUGAAGAUUUACUACCAGCAUCUUAUUAUAGUUCUACAUUGCUAGGUAUUCAGGCUGACCAAAAAGUAUUAAGAAAUUUAAUAUCCAAUUAUUUGCCUGGUAUUGAUGAAGUUCUCAAAAACCAUGAUAUAGAAUUGUCUUUAAUAACCAUGCAGUGGUUUCUAACAUUAUAUGCUAAUGUUGUCCAUAUGAAAAUAUUGCUCAGGAUUUGGGACUUAUUUUUCUUUGAAGGUUCUAUAGUUUUAUUUCAGAUCACUCUAGCAAUGUUAAAAAUAAAAGAACCUCACUUAAAAACCUUAGAAAACUCUGCACAAAUUUUUAAUGCUCUUUCAGACAUACCAGGAGACAUUGAUGAUGUUGAUAAGCUUUUAGAUAUAUCCAUCGAGCUAACUAGUUCUUUAAACGAUGUAACAAUUGAAACAUAUAGAAGAAGGCAUUUAGCUUAUUUAAUGGCCGAUCAAGGUACUCUGGUUGGAAAUCCAGAAUCAGCUCCUAAUCUUCCUAAGCAACAUUUAUCUAGGCGACAAAUAAAAAAGAAUAAGUCUGUUAUUCAGUUGUUACUUUUUAAUGAGAACUAUGAAGAUGAAAUUAAAAGCAAGAACAUAAAACAAACAGAGAUUCUUGUGGACCUCAGGGAAGCUAUUUUACAGGUAGUUAGGCACUUUUUACAAUUAGAUCCAAAGCUAAGUUCAGAAAUAUCGUUAGUAGCUGAUUACACCAUGGAAAGUCAUUCUCAGGAUCAUUCUAACUAUAUUAAUGUAUCAAAAAAACGGAAAAGGCGGGCAAAAGCUUUGCUGGACUUUGAAAGACACGAUGAUGAUGAGCUGGGCUUUAGAAAAAAUGAUAUCAUUACAGUUAUCAGUCAAAAGGACGAACACUGUUGGGUUGGAGAACUAAACGGAUUAAGGGGUUGGUUUCCAGCAAAAUUUGUUCAGUUACUCGAUGAGAGAAGUAAACAGUACAGUAGUGCUGGAGAUGAUAGUAUAUCAGAAACAAUAACUGAUCUUGUCAGAGGUGUGUUAUGUCCAGUAAUUAAACAAGUUUUAGAACACGGCAUGAAACGUCCACAUUUCUUAGGGGGUCCUUGUCAUCCAUGGCUGUUUAUUGAAGAAGCUGCUACAAAAGAAGUAGAAAAAGAUUUUAAUUCUGUUUAUAGUCGUCUUGUUCUUUGUAAAACUUACAGAUUAGAUGAAGAUGGAAAAGUUUUGACUCCUGAAGAGUUACUUUAUCGCUGUGUGCAGGCUGUUAAUUUAUCUCACGAUAAUGCUCAUGCUCAAAUGGAUGUUAAACUUCGCUCACUGAUUUGUAUUGGCUUAAAUGAACAAGUGCUGCACUUAUGGCUUGAAGUCCUUUGUUCUUCUGGAGAAGUUGUACAAAAAUGGUAUCAACCUUGGUCCUUUGUAUAUAGUCCUGGCUGGGUCCAAAUCAAAUGUGAAUUAAGGAUUCUUUCUCAGCUGUCCUUCAAUUUAAACCCAGAUUGGGAAUUGCCCAAAAAAAGAGAAUCUAAUAACCAGCCAUUAAAAGAUGGAGUCCGUGAUAUGUUGGUAAAACACCAUCUAUUUAGUUGGGAUAUAUAACAGUUACUUUUCUUCCUUAUAUAUUCAUUUGUCUUACUGGUUUCAUAACAGCAGUUAAUUUGUGUUAUUUAAGAAUAAGUUACUAAUUCUAAGCUAUGUACAAAUAUUUAUUAAUCUCAAGUGAUGAAUAGUACUGUUAAUAAUAAAACUAUAAUUUAUUG